GCCAAUUCACCAUUUUUCUUGUGCGUCUCUUAUUCUACAAAUUUUAAGGGAUUUGGAGACCCAAAAUUUCAUCUGAAACUGCCUUUCUUUGAAAUGGAUUGCGUCCUUUCUUCAUCUCCAGUUCUUGUUUCAACACAAGGCCUGAGAAAUUCUCAUCUGCAAUGGAGGAAGAGCUUAACUUGCUCCAGUUUUCUUACACUCAGAAGAAAUGGUUCAGCUUUUCUGUCUAAUAACGGUAGGAAUUCAACCUACGUUAAGGCCUUAGCGGCUGAGUUCGAUCCUGUUCGUUCAGAGAUCACGUGGCAGAUACUUACUGGCACUUUAGCUGGCGUCAUCCCUUUUGUUGUUGCCGGUAUUGAGUUUAGUAAGCGCAUUAUUGCCCAAAAGAGGUGCGAUGUCUGUGGAGGCUCAGGACUUGUUUUAAGAGAUAAAGAUUACUCUCGCUGCCCUGGUUGUGGUGGAUUUUUUCCUUGGCAAUCAUGGAAAAGGUUUUUUUCGGGUUAAAUUAUGCUAUUUAUAGUUAAUUUUGAGGUGAUUCACUGUCCAUAAAAUUCAAAGGUCAUGAUUACUGAGUUGUUCUUUGAAAUAUACAUAUUCGAUGGACAAUGUCUUUGUAGGAGUAUGAGAAAUAUUCGUCUGCUCAUACCUUGUUGUAUGUUUACUUAUAUCUCAUUGUAUGAAUACUUAUAAAUAUAUUUUGUAAAUAAAGUUGUGUCAUUGCAUUAUGUUCACCCUUCUGUAUUAAAUGAAGGGCCUUUUCCUGCAUAUUGUAUGCAUACAGACUCAGUGUUAUCUAAACUGGAUCUGACAGUGUACUAGAAAGGUUAUUGUGCUUCAGUCUUCCGUGGUCCACCAAUCCGAAGAAGCAAUCCCUGUUGUCUAUAUGAUUCUGUUAUAAAUUAAUAUUUUCUUUCA